AUGCCGAUACUUAUGCAAUUUUCGACCCUUCCAGCUUGCCCAUCGCAAGAGAUACCUGGCCAUGAUUUCCAUUGCUCAAAGCUCAUGACUAUACACCUACCAGCUCGGGUGAGGUUCAGAUGCUAUACCCGUCACCCCGACGACAUGGACAUAUUCGAGAACUUUGCGGUGCUCAAUUCCGGCUUGAUAUGGUCUCUUGCACCGUUCAUAGUGGCCGCGGUCAUUCUCGCCACCACUAGAAUAUGGACAACGCUUCGCUACCACCUCGCUCUCCGUCAAUUUGAAGCCUCAGCUCCAGGUCCCAAGGUGGUCCAGCCGCCUCAAGUCCCAUAUUGGAUCCCAUGGCUUGGCAACACCCUCUCCUUCGUAGCUCCAUACCCCGGCCGAUUCUACACGAACCUCUUCAAAUGGCAUCCCAGAUCCGUAGGCGUGACGACUUUAAUCAUAGGAGGCAAAAGAUGCCACAUUGUGCACUCACCUCCAGCCGUCCAGGCGCUUUUCAAAGCACGAACGCCUCAUCGAGAACUGAUCGAAGUGGAUCUCUUCAGCAAAGUUUUCGAUAUGCCCAUGAGUGAGAUACGGAAUGCUCAGGCGGGGAAGCAUUUCGAAGUCGAAUUGAAUGCCAAGUAUAUGACGAAUUUUGACCGAGUCAAUGAGCUCACAGAGCAAUUCUUGCGGGUCUUUGAGGAUGUGUUGAAGACAGAUGCUGAGGAGAUGGUCAAGUUGGACCAAGUUGGACUGUUCGAAUGGUUGAGAGAUCGUAUGUUUACGGCAAGUGUCACGGCUUUGCAUGGAGAGAAGCUCUUGGAGAUGUAUCCAACAUUCGGUCAAGACUUUUUCCGCUGGGAGGCAGAGUUCUUGCAGUGGUUUUUCGGUAAACCGGGGUUCUUGAUGCGAGAAGCAGAUGAGCGGCGGAAGAAGAUAUACAGGAGAUUGGAGGAAUGGAGCAGAGAAAUGCAUCGUUUGUGCGGCGGACAGCCUGUUGAUCCUGACCAGGGACCUGCUUGGGAGCCAUACUUUGGAAGUCGCCUGAGCCGAGCACGUCAGAUGGACUACAAGAACCGCCAGCUUUCUCCACGAUCUGGCGCUUGCUUGGAUGCUGGAAUUACAUUCGGGCUGGCAUCAAAUGUUAUCCCUGCAACGAAUUGGAUGUUGUUCCACAUCCUGGAUCCCAAAGCUCCAGCAUCGCUUCUUCCAAGGGUUCUGAACGAAAUCAAAGAGUCGACGGGACCGGACGGCAGCCUAGAUGUGCUGACGCUCAUCACUCAACCACUUCUGCAGAGCAUCUGGAUCGAAAGUCUCCGGCUGUACUCCGACUUGCUGGUCAGCCGUGAUCUUCCCGAAGAGCUCAUCUUACCCAUAGACGAAGAUGGAAAGCUUCUGGCUCAGCUUCAUAAAGGCGACAGGGUCUUUGCUCCUUCUUACCUCUCACAGCACAGCCCCAGCUGGGCCGUAGGCGAGUCAGACGCAUACUGCUUCGAUGCCGAGCGCUUUCUGACCACGGAUCCAAAAACUGGUAAACAGACCUUCUCGAUGAGUGGAACUGCGGGCAGAUUCUUUCCUUUCGGAGGAGGCAAGACCUUGUGUCCCGGAAGAAUUUUUGCGAAACAGGAAGCGAUUGGAGCCUUGGCAAUGGUACUGUUGAGGUUCGAUGUUCGAUUUCGAGGUUAUGUUGAUGAGGAUGGAAAGCCUACAAGCGAGUUCCCGGGCUUUAAGAAGGCAUUCCCAGGCACCGGCGCUCUGGCACCUGGAGGUGACAUGCUGGUAAGGCUUGAAGAGAAAAUUGGCUACUGUAUCAAUGGAGAACGAGGCUUUUUAGCAUUGUGGAAGAUCAAGCAACCGCUGAUCUCUGCAUUUAUGCACCUAGUCCACUUUCCAAUAGGAAUUAUCGAUAAUGUGUCUCCAUCCAUCAACACCAACGCGAUGCCUGUGAUGCGAAGGUCGUGGAACCUGCGCCGUUACAAUUGCCUACGACAGACGCCGAAGUCAUGUCGUGUCUCGGCAUACGGGCUCGACGAUGGUGUUGUACUGUACGCUUCGUACAAUUCCUCCGACGUGGAAAACAGCUCUGAGCUGCACAGUUACACAUAUGAACCGCCGCUGCCUAUGCUCAGCAUGUGCAAGACUUUGUCUUCCAUGGUAAUGCUGUUCGCAUCUCUCUUCCAGCUCAUCUUUGCUUCCUCACCAUCCGAACCGCGAUGCCGCUGCUUCCCAGGCGAUACGUGCUGGCCUUCAGCACAAGAUUGGAGCGCGUUCAACACAUCCGUCGCCGGAAAGCUUGUGCCUACUAUACCCUUAGCAGCACCUUGCCAUGAAUCUCCAUUCGGGGCCUACAAUGCGACAGCAUUAAGAGCAAGAACUCCUCUCGAUGGAACUUCGCUAAACCACAGCAGCUACACUUCUUCCUCCUCAAUCAUGGCGCCUUUCUUCGCUAACCGAAGCUGUGACCUCUUCACUCCUAAAAACGCAAAUUGCAUCAUCGGCACCUAUGUCGACUAUGCUGUGAACGUCAGCUGUGCCAAAGAUGUGCAGAAAACGCUAGCAUUCGCACUCCUCUGGUGCCGGAUCCCUGACCCUCUGGACUCAUCACCUCAAGGAGAUCAAAAUAUUCGACUAUUCUGUACCUCCAGAUUCUACAAGGGAAAAGCGAUGAAGAUGGGCGCGGGUGUGCAGGGCCUUGAGGCCUACCAGGCCGCCAAUGAUCGGGAGCUCGUGGUCGUUGGCGGGGAGUGCGUUGGUCUGGCUGGAGGAUAUACGCAAGGCGGAGGGCAUUCACGGGUUAGCAGCCGAUCAACACAGGGCGUCACAUCUACCUCCCAUCAGGCUUGUGGGCAUGAAGAAUCAAACUGCGACCGAGUGCACAGCGCGUAA